CUCCGGGCGGGCGGCUUGUUGAUAAUAUGGCGGCAGGAGCUGCCAGGGCAUCCCGAGGAGGCGGUGGGGCCCACACCCGGAAGAAGGGUCUCUUUUCUGGCUAGUGCUACGGCUCCUGCGGACCCGGAAGUCCGGGCCAGUUGCUGAAUGAGGGGAGCCGGGUCCUCCCCGAGACAGUCCCCCCGCGCCCUCCGCCCCGACCCGGGCCCCGCCAUGUCCUUCUUCCGGCGGAAAGUGAAAGGCAAAGAACAAGAGAAGACUUCUGAUGUCAAGUCCAUUAAAGCUUCAGUAUCUGUACAUUCCCCACAAAAAAGCACUAAAAAUCAUGCCUUGCUGGAGGCUGCAGGACCAAGUCAUGUUGCAAUCAAUGCCAUUUCUGCCAACAUGGAUUCUUUUUCAAGUAGCAGGACAGCUACACUUAAGAAACAGCCAAGUCACAUGGAGGCUGCUCAUUUUGGGGACUUAGGCAGAUCUUGUCUGGACUACCAGACUCAAGAGACCAAAUCAAGUCUUUCCAAAACCCUUGAACAAGUCUUGCGUGACACUGUUGUCCUCCCAUAUUUCAUUCAAUUCAUGGAACUUCGGAGAAUGGAACAUUUGGUUAAAUUUUGGUUAGAAGCUGAAAGUUUUCAUUCUACAACUUGGUCCCGAAUAAGAGCACACAGUCUGAACACAGUGAAGCAGAGCUCUCUGGCUGAGCCUGUCUCUCCAUCAAAAAAGCAGGAAACUACGACAUCUUUUGUAACUGAGUCCCUUGACAAGAGAUUGGAGGGUUCUAGCUCAGCCCAGUUGCUUAUGACUCAAUCAGAAGGAAUUAACCUGAAUAAUAGAACUAACAACACUCAGAACCACUUGCUGCUUUCCCAGGAAUGUGACAGUGCCCAUUCUCUCCACCUUGAAAUGGCCAGAGCAGGAACUAGUCAAGUUUCCAUGGACACUCAAGAAUCCUCCACCAGACUUAUAACAGCCAGUAGAAAUAGUCCGUCUUCUCCACUAAAAGAAUUGUCAGGAAAACUAAUGAAAAGUAUAGAACAAGAUGCAGUGAAUACUUUUACCAAAUAUAUAUCUCCUGAUGCUGCUAAACCAAUACCAAUUACAGAAGCAAUGAGAAAUGAUAUUAUAGCAAAGAUUUGUGGAGAAGAUGGACAGGUGGAUCCCAACUGCUUUGUUUUGGCACAGGCCAUAGUCUUUAGUGCAAUGGAGCAAGAGCACUUUAGUGAGUUUCUGCGAAGUCACCAUUUCUGUAAAUACCAGAUUGAAGUGCUGACCAGUGGAACUGUUUACCUGGCUGACAUUCUCUUCUGUGAGUCAGCUCUCUUUUAUUUCUCUGAGUACAUGGAAAAAGAAGAUGCAGUGAAUAUAUUACAAUUCUGGUUAGCAGCAGAUAACUUCCAGUCUCAGCUUGCUGCCAAAAAGGGCCAGUAUGAUGGACAGGAGGCACAGAACGAUGCUAUGAUUUUAUAUGACAAAUACUUCUCCCUCCAAGCAACACAUCCUCUUGGAUUUGAUGAUGUUGUACGAUUAGAAAUUGAAUCCAAUAUUUGCAGGGAAGGUGGACCACUCCCUAAUUGUUUCACAACUCCACUGCGACAGGCCUGGACAACCAUGGAGAAGGUCUUUUUGCCAGGAUUUUUGUCCAGUAAUCUUUAUUAUAAGUAUUUGAAUGAUCUCAUCCAUUCAGUUCGCGGAGAUGAGUUUCUGGGUGGGAAUGUUUCACUGACUGCUCAUGGUUCUGUUGGCCUUCCUGAUGAGUCUCAUCCAGGUGGCACUGACAGUGCCACUUCUCAGUCCAAUGUGAAAAAAGCCAGUAUUAAAAUUCUGAAAAAUUUUGAUGAAGCGAUAAUUGUGGAUGCUGCGAGUCUGGAUCCAGAAUCUUUAUAUCAACGGACAUAUGCAGGGAAGAUGACAUUUGGAAGAGUCAGUGACUUGGGUCAGUUUAUCCGGGAAUCUGAGCCUGAACCUGAUGUAAAGAAAUCAAAAGGAUCCAUGUUCUCACAAGCUAUGAAGAAGUGGGUGCAAGGAAAUACUGAUGAGGCCCAAGAAGAGCUAGCUUGGAAGAUCGCUAAAAUGAUAGUCAGUGAUGUUAUGCAACAGGCACAGUAUGAUCAACCUAUGGGGACAUCUACAAAGCUAUGACUUAAGAACUGAGAUAAUGGAAAUCUGCUUUUGAAAAAUAAGAGAACUUUUUUCCUUUGGUUGGAUUCUUCAACACAGCCAAUGAAAACAGCACUGUAUUUCAUUUCACUGAUAUAACACUUAUUUCUAAGAAUGAAUGGGAGACAAUCCUAGACUUCCACCAUAUUGCAAAGUAACAUGUAGACAUAAAUGAUGCACAUGAUGUUCAUACAGUGAGUCACAAAGCUACAAAGUGGUAUUGUUUACAUUACUAGAAAAUUAUUAGUUUUCCAAUGGCAAUAACCCAUGUAAGAGAGAGUUAGCCCACUGAAAUAGACUGGGACCACAUCCUGUGAGAGGUAGAUAGAGCUGAUAUUUGGUGCACAUUCUUAGAGCAGGAAUCCAUCCCAAGCAGAAUUACAAAACGUGGCAGAGGUGCUUUGCUUUGUCCUCCUAAAAUUAACAGGUGAGUCAGCCCCACUGAGAGUCAGGCAGCUUUCAGUGGCAAUGUGGGGCCAGCAGCUUGUGGAACAGGGUGAGGCUUCCUUGUGUAGUCUUUCUUCACAGAAGCAUUAAUUUAGAAGGAAACAGACAAAUCACAGGUCAUGUUUCAGUGACAUUGUCCUUUCCUUUGGUGACAGCAUAUAAUUUUCACAUUUUACUUGCUCCUGAGAUGCAGUAUCUUUAAAACUAGUCUCUCCCCUGUUAACAAAAGGGCAACUUUAGUUUACUUUGAGAAUUAGGUCUUACUCCUUUGGAAUUCUAUGCUCCAGUUACUUAACUUCCCCUUCAGAAUACAUGUGGGAAGAAAGACAUAAGGAUCACUCCAAUUUUUUCCCUGUGGUACCUUGAAUAAAAUGUUUAUUCACAGAUUAUAAUUUUGUUUUUUAAAGUGGGGAGAGAAGUGUUCAACUUGUUUGAUUGCCUCCCCCAUUCUUUGUGAGUCGGAAGUGUGCAGUUGGUGGCCUUUUUUCUUUCUGUCCUCAGUGUAGAAAGAGACUCACUCACUGCCCUUCUACUCAGGCGACUUUGCAUCGGGACUGCGCAGCCAUCAGCAGGGCUGUCCAGUUGACAUGCACACCCCGCCAACCACACUGUGCCAGUGCUUCCUCUGUGUGUGUGACUGAAGGGAAAGAACAUUUUCUUAGGUAUUACUGCUUUUGCUCAGACUUUGCAAAAAAAAAAAAA